GUCAUCUAAACAGGACCCUUAGGAAGCGUAGUCGCCAUUUUGGCUCAAUGCUAAGUUAAAAUUUUUGCCUGGUUUAUAAACGUUACCUUCCUUUUUAUAUUAUUUCUUUCACUGUCCUGUUGUGACACCCUCUGUGUAAUAUUGGUGAUACUGGAUAUUGAUUCGCAUUUUUUGUUUUAUUAAUAUAGCGGAUAACACUUUGUAACUUGUGUGUUUUACUUAACAUGGGAGGAUGCUCCGCACCGAAUUGCUCCAAUUCAACGACAAUUGGAAAGCAGUUAUUUCGUUUCCCAAAGGACUCUGUAAGAAUGAAAAAAUGGGUGAUUAAUUGCCGGCGAGAUUUUAUACCUACCACAUGUUCCAGGUUGUGCGAGGAUCACUUCGAGCCGAGCCAGUUUGAAGAAAUCGCAAGAUCUCCUGCAGGAGGAAAGAAGCUAAAGCCAAAUGCUAUCCCCACAGUAUUUGAUGUGCCUGAUCCACCUUCACCCAUCCUUAUGAAAGAAUUGAAAAUAAAAUUGGACUAUGCUGGUAAGAGGACCCGUGGCGAUCAUGGUUAUGCUCGGAAGCAGCUAUGCAGUGAAACAGGAGAGCCUGAAAACAAUGGGGAAAACAAUGAAGAAGAUGACAGCUGUAGGGAGUGUGAUCGGUUCAAGGCACAUUUGGAGCAGCAAUAUCUCAACAAUGCUAUAUUGCAAAGACAGGUUGAAGAAAUGAAGAAAAAACUAAAUAAACUAAAUAAAAUAGAAAAAAGCCUGCAAAAUUUUCUGUUUGAUGAUCAGAUACGUGCCCUCUCGCUAACAAAGCGUUCCAGACGUGCUGUGUGGUCACGGAACACCGUGCAAUCUGCUCGACUGAUCAGAGCUGCUGUAGGAGGGAAAGGAUAUGAGUUUUUAAGAGAAUUAGGCUAUCCACUCCCUUCAUACAGGACUCUGUGUAACAGAGUUGAACCCACUAUUAUUCUGCCACCUGCAGUACCAGAAGAGGUGUCAGAGAUUUCUGCUGCUCUUGCUCUCCUGCCAAGCUCCAGCCCUACCACUGUUUUUGGGAAUUAGAGAUGGUAGGGUGAUACAUUACAUUUGGUCAUAGAGCCCUGUUCAUGAGCAGUAUUUGUUGAAAAACUUUUUUUUUUUUUUGAAAGGCAGUUUUGAUUAAGAAAAUAAGGUUUUUGAUUAACUUUCUUGGCUGUUUCAAAGAAGCUGUAGUUUUCUUAUGUUUCCAAAAAACACUCUUAGCCAUGGAGAGCAUUUACAAAAAGAGUCUUUGUUAAAAAUAAGUAAAUAAUGCAAAAAACUAAUUGUUAGUUUAAAGUCAAUACAUUUCUUUUGGCAUACUUGAAG